UUGCAUUAAAAGGCUCGAAGUCCACUUAGCUGCCUCAGUCUGGGACUCGAAUCCGAGCCACUAUGCUUAUCAAGUCAUCUACGACGGCCGGACGGCAUCGGUCACAUUACAAAUCCUCACCCCAUCUUAUCCGCUUUUAGGCUGCUUUGAGAAAUUUGUAAUGUCCAUAUUACUGCACAUCACCGCUUACGAAAUUUCCCACUGACUGCAAAUUGAAGAUCGCGUUUCUAUGCGUGUGUCUACUCUCCCGGUUCUCCAGAAGGACCCAACCUGAUGCUUGAUAAGCCCAACCUGGAACUUGGUUAAGAGUAAGAUAAGGUCAGUGGACCUCCAGCUUGUACAUGCCCAAGGUUGCCGGCGUCUCCACCGUAUAUACUGGCCUAAUAGAACUUUUAGAUCACCUGGGCAAUAACAUCAUCAAAAAGAGGAACCUGACGAACCAGAGAACAACAUUCCUGACGAAUGGUGGAACUACAUAUGGUCGCCCCGGUUCCUCCAGAUGAAGAACAGUAGCAAUCCUCAAGUCCAGAAAUAUGCAUAUCGGCUAGCCAAAAGUGAUGGAAGUAAAGAAACACUCCUAGCAAUGGGAUGUACAGUGUUGCUUGAAAAGUCGAGCCUAAAUGUAUUGGAAGAACUUCUAAAGGGUUAUCCAGAAGACUUUUCUGAGAACCUCGGAGAUGUCCUGAUAAUGGCAUUCAGGGUUGUUUUAGACUUUUGGAGAGGAUUAGAUAUACUGGUGGACAUUGACUUUGAUGAGCUUUGCAAGUAUGACAUGAUGGCAGUUUUCGAACAUAUCCUGACACAAGUUCCAGUAUAUUACCAAAAUGGAGGAAACUCUGUCACUAAUGAGGAAUUCUUACACGAUUUAUGGGUUUUAGGAACAGAUGUGGUUGUGCCUGAUGAAACGAGAGUUGAGGCCCUUGGACAUGCAGAAAAGUAUUUAACUUUUGAUAAAAGGAUAAAGGAAAUUCUGGAGACUUUGCGUCGUGGGGAAAGAGUGGAUUCUUCUGAAUAAAAUACAAGAAA